AUGGGCGAUUCUGAAGCGGCGGAAACGUCGAAAAAUACUGAAAAUGCUGAAAAUGUAAGUGAAUUGAUGGAAUUCAGCGAAAAAGUGGAAAUUUCAGGUAGAGCCUCAAAAAAUUGAGAAAAUCGAAAAGGAAGCUGAAAAUGUUGAAAAUCCGAAAAAACCAGACGUUCCGGAGGAAAAAGUCAAAUUUUUCAAAGUAAAGAACCUCGUUUUCAAUCAAACAUUGAAAAAACAAAUUGCAGACCAAAAAAAUUCGUUUCGGUCCGCUCGAAUAUCAAAUUGUCACACAAAAUUUGAACGGACCUUGCCCACUAAUUGCUAUCGUUAAUGCGCUUGUUUUGAAAGGUAAAAAGAGCGAAACCCCUCAAAAAACCUCCAAAAAUUCCAGGAAAAAUCGAAAUUCCGUCGAAACCGUUGGUGACGUCAAAAGAGCUCCUAACCCACCUGACCAACAUUAUUCUCUCGCGUACACCCUCUUCGAAUGCUCCAGAAAUUGUGGAAAUUUUCGAGAAUAAUUUGAGAGACGUCCUGAAUAUUAUCGAUACGAUUGUCAAUGGUCUCGACGUCAAUGUCAAGUGAGCUUCGAUUCUCUUUGACCGAAAACUUUUUUUUUUUGAUUUUUAGAUUCUCCGGAGUGGAUCAAUUCGAGUUUACACCGGCUCUUUCACUUUUCGACCUUGUCGUCGUCAAUUUGUACCACGUUUGGCUGCCGGAUCCACAAUUUCGAGUCGUCUACGAUCUCGUCAAGAAUUUGAACUAUAAUGAGGUUUUCUAAAGCUGAAAAUAGGGGGAAAACUUAAUUUUCCAAUUUUUCUUUCAGCUCGUCUUGAAAAUGUGCGGCGACGAGACGGACGAAGCGCAAUUAUUGCGAAAUUUCCACGAGGAGUCCAUUUCGCAGAUCACCUUCCACGGAUUGGCGUCGCUUUUGGCGAAAAUGGCCGACGCCGAAAUUGCCGUCGUUUUCCAGAAUAAUCAUUUUUCGACAAUACUUAAACGACGCGUUAGUCGCUCGCGAUUUUUGUGCAUAAAAUGCAAUUUACUUUUGCAGGACGAAAUUUUCAAAUUGGUAUCCGAUGAGGGUCUGGCCGACGAGAAAAACGUCGUUUGGGAGACAUUUAACAGUGUCGACGGCGACUCGAUCUUUGUGAACGGCGACUUUGGCAAUUUUAGGUGGGAAUUUGAAUUUAUGAAGGCUCGGUCGGCCUUGGCGGCCAAGCCGCUUCCGAGCGUCAGCUCAGCCCAGGCUCCAUGAGUCUUGUUAGAUGAUAGCUAUUUUACCUUAUUUUCGACAGUUUUUCCCCGAAAAGUAAUCCGAAAAGUGUUCAGACCGACGCCACAGACCACGCCGCCGCCAAUCGAUAAUUCUCCGAUCGAAGAAGCCGUCGAGGCAGUCGAAAUGGACCGCCCGAGUUCGGUUCCGAUCCCGAUGACGUCGCCGAACAUGCAAAGAAGCCGGACUUCCGAUGAAAUAAUCCGUCCUCACCCGUCCAGACCGUUGGCCUCGAAACCGCCCACAAAAUGUGCAAUCAUGUAG